UCGUUUCGAUUUUACGUCAUACCCAGUAUCAUCCAAUUUGGGAAUAUUUUACUUCACGUAAUUCAGAUUCCGAUCGAAUUUAUUGUAAAGAAUGUAAAGAUCCCAUAUUCUCUUAUAAAUCUAAUACGAGUGUCUCUAAUCCUAAACGACACUUUAUGUUAUACCAUAAAGAACUUUGGAACCAGAUCGAAAGUGACUGUAACAAGGAAUCUGAUAAGAAACCCCGGAACUUAUUAGUGAAUGAUAUGGAAACCUCGAGAGUAUCAACAAGCUAUGCUGGACCUUCUAGCUUUCCAGCUAACAUGGAAUCCCCGAGUGUGUCAGAGAAUGAUGUGGAAUCUUUGGAUGCGUCAACUAUUGAAAAAGAAAUUAAAAAAUAUACUCUUAAAAAUCUCAAAAAAGUUGGCAUUAGUGGUUUUGUUCCUAAAAAUGUCAACGAAGUGUAUUUAGAAACAGAAGAUAAUAAUCUUGAAAUUGAAGUAAAAAAUAAUAUAAAUAAUUCUUUUGAUUCGGAUGUUACUUAUGACGAAGUUGAAACUAAUGAAUGUAGCG